AUGCAAUAUACUGACAUUCUGCUAUCAGUGCAUCCUCAUGUGGAAAAGGCAUUACACAGUCUGUUCAAGCGCAACUGCGUCGACUGUCCUGGAACCACUCCUUCUUGCCCCUCGUGUUCUGGUGGCAAGGUCUGUUCACUAGUCCCUCAAUCUUGCGACACUUGCGCAUACACGACUUGCGUCGUCUCCAACGAUGCCCCAUCACAACACUCUGGUCCCAACGUCGGUGCCAUUGCCGGAGGAGUAAUAGGAGGUGUCUUCUUCGUCGGUCUCAUCGUCUUCGCCUUUUACUGGUAUGUGAUACGACCGCGCCGUGUGAGGUUGGAGGAGGAAUGGGAAGAGGAGGACGAAGCAGAGAACCGCAAGUCCAACUUCAACAUGCACAGAUCCGAACGCGCCUCGGUACAUACGGUGCACUCUGUCGCCAACAGCAUCCUCAGCCGCGCUUCCAACUUCAUCCCCAUCGCAUACAUUCCUGGAGUCAUGAAUAGAAACGGCACACAAGAACAUGUUCCUCCCGUGCCACCCAUCCCUGCUGCUCACGGCCCACCUGUCAGCGGCCACUCGUCCAACGGAGAAGCUUUAUUCUUUAGCCCUGCCGACCUUCGCGACUCGACAUACUCGGAUUCAUCUUCGUUGGACAACCGCAGCACCUUCUUCGGUCGACCCAGUAUCACACCCUCGCUCGCUCGCAGCAGCAUUGCCACCUAUCGCGAUGAUGCCGUGGUGAACCCCAUGCCCGCCCAGACCGUUCUGCGCGGCAAAGCAAACGUCGUCAGCGUGAAGAGUGGAAACAGUGGCACGCCCACCUCAACGCCUCCNCAAACCACUCCUGCCGACGAGAUCGCCAACCCCAUGAACAGAAGCGCCAGUGGCAAAAAACUGAACAUUGUCAUGCCUACCUCAAGCGACGCCAUCAGACCUGGAUCCUCAAACUCCAGCUCGUCACAACAAACGCUCAGUAGUGCAAGCUAUGGCAAGCCCACUCUUUUGACUGUCGGNGGUGGGAAAUCAAAGUCCAAAGGCAGAUUCCCAGUUUCUCCCGAACCGUCUUCUUUAACACCGCAAACAAAGCCAAAUGUCUCAUCACCACUGGCAAGUUCAACAGCAACAACACCAGAAGAAGAAGUCGACGCUUCGCCAUUCUCAGACGCCGCUUCCAUCUCUCCUCCCGCAGGGCCCAAACGAACUCCCGGUGGUCUAUCAGCAGUGAUUGAAGAAACCGCUAGUGUGAGGGGUAGUCUAGCAGCACGCAGGUUGAGCAGACAACAGCACCAAGUCCCACGCGGCCAGAGUCCUUUUGGAGAUGAGCAUGAGGCUUGA